AUGGCGGGAUCUGUCGGCAAGGGCAGGGCGGCGCUGCGGGCGUCCCCGAAGCGGUACAGCGGCACGGACCCGCCGUUGUCUCUGGCGGGGCCGACGUUGGCGGAUCUGCAGAGGACGGCCGAGCUGGAGAAGUUCUUGGUUGAAGCAGGCCUCUAUGAGGGGAAAGAGGAGUCUGCGAAGCGGGAAGAUGUGCUAUCCGAGAUUGGUCAGAUAGUCAAGGAAUGGGUGAAGCAGUUGACUAGUAAGAAAGGAUAUGCUGAUCAAUUGGUUGAACAAGCAAAUGCAGUCCUUUUUACUUUUGGGUCUUACAGAUUGGGGGUUCAUGGACCUGAAGCUGAUAUUGAUACCCUUUGUGUUGGACCUUCAUAUGUGAACCGAGAGGAGGAUUUCUUUGUCACACUGCAUGGCAUAUUAGCAGAGAAGGAAGAAGUUACUGAGUUGCAACCUGUACCUGAUGCUCAUGUACCUGUAUUGAAAUUUAAGUUCCGUGGCAUAUCAAUUGACCUUCUGUAUGCUAGCCUCUCUCUUUUCAGUGAUACCAGCGGAUCUGUUCUUUGUGAUGUUGAUGAAGCAACUGUUCGAAGUCUUAAUGGAUGCAGAGUGGCGGAUCAGAUUCUUCGGCUUGUUCCAAAUGUUGAGAAUUUCCGAACAACACUCAGAUGCUUGAAGUACUGGGCAAAGAGAAGGGGUGUUUAUUCUAAUAUUACUGGUUUCCUUGGGGGUGUCAACUGGGCUCUGCUGGUUGCCCAUGUCUGCCAACUCUAUCCUAAUGCUGUGCCAAGUAUGCUGGUUUCUAGGUUCUUCAGAGUUUUUACCCAGUGGCAAUGGCCAAAUCCAGUGAUGCUAUGUGCAAUUGAGAAUAAUGAUCUUGGUUUUUCUAUAUGGGAUCCACGCAAAAAUCCGCGUGAUAGAAACCAUCUCAUGCCCAUCAUCACUCCAGCCUACCCAUGCAUGAACUCUAGUUACAAUGUUUCAAGCAGCACACUGAGGGUUAUAAUGGAGCAAUUUCAAUUUGGCAACAAAAUUUGUCAGAUUGAUCGGGAUACUAAAGGAAUUUUGCAGUGCCAUCCGUACCCAUGUGAGUAUUCAGAUCCCACAAUAGAGUGUGCACAUUGUGCCUUCUACAUGGGCUUAUCAAGGAAAGAGGGGUCGAAAAAACAUGGUCAACAGUUUGAUAUCCGUGGGACAGUAGAUGAAUUUAUGCGUGAAAUUGGCAUGUAUUCAUUGUGGAAGCCUGGGAUGGAUCUGGCUGUCACCCAUGUCCAUAGGGAGCAGGUCCCAUCUUAUGUAUUUGAGCAAGGAUACAAGAAACCCUGCCCUACAAUGCAUGCAAACCAACAAGAGCAGUCUGAUGGAGAUGUCACAUUGAGCCCAUAUCUGGACAGUCAGCUUAAGAGAAAGUACGAUUCCGAUGGAGAUGGCCAUGUGGAACUUUGCAAAUCUGUAAAAAGGGCUGCAGUAAGCCCACCUGGUGUGGGAACCCCACCUCAUGGAAAUAGUGUCAGUAACAUCGUUUGUGACAGCCCAGUCAAAUUCGUUUCAAGUGUCGUUUGCAGCGGAUCUCUGACUUCUCCAUCACAUGAUGAUAUAAACUUAGAACAAGCACAAUUAACUACUUCACCAUAUGGAUCUGAGGAUACCUCAGCAUCAGGCACAAGCUUUGCAGCAGUGGGAGUAGUUGUUUUGGCUGAUGAAUCCAGCAAGCUCGGUAACUUGACAUCAGAUCUUGAAGUUAAUACAAUUCAGACAAUGCCACUGCACACAUAUUUAGAAUGCGUCGCUCAGAAGGAUGAAACAAAGCUCGAGGAAAUCAGAAGCUUGGCAAGCAGCAAUUGUGCAGAGUUUGUAGAGAGCUCAGUUCUUGCCGAGAAGGUACACUUAGACUUAGGUGGGGAUGAAGUGAAUUGA